AUGCUCAGUCACAGGGUGACAGAAAAAAAAAAAAAGCCAGCACCAUAAAAGGACGCCUACAUAAUCUCUCUUAACAUGCCAAAGUAACCUACUUCAGUUGGGCAAAUACUUAACUGCUACUGCCCGGAGGCCCCAACAAGUCAGAGAGGUAAACUGUGAACACCAAUGAUGGAUACAAAACUGGACAACAAUUUUACAAUAGUCUUUGCAGCUUCUCAGGGCAACGACUGUGAUCUCUAUGCACACCACAGCACAGCCAGGAUACUAAUGCCUCUGCAUUACAGCAUUGUCUUCGUAAUUGGGCUUGUAGGAAACGUGCUAGCCUUGGUUGUCAUUAUUCAAAACAGGAAAAAAAUCAACUCUACUACCCUAUAUUCAACAAACUUGGUGAUUUCUGAUAUACUUUUCACCACUGCUCUGCCUACACGGAUAGCCUACUACGCCCUGGGCUUUGACUGGAGAAUCGGCGACGCCUUGUGUAGGAUAACUGCGCUGGUAUUUUACAUCAAUACAUAUGCAGGUGUGAACUUCAUGACCUGCUUGAGCAUUGACCGGUUCUUUGCUGUGGUGCACCCUCUGCGGUACAACAAGAUGAAAAGAAUUGAACAUGCAAAAUGCAUCUGCAUAUGUGUCUGGAUUCUAGUAUUUGCUCAAACACUCCCGCUACUCAUAAAACCUAUGUCAAAGCAGGAGGAAGAAAGGACUACAUGCAUGGAAUAUCCAAACUUUGAAGAAACGAAAUCUCUUCCCUGGAUGCUGCUUGGUGCAUGUUUCAUAGGAUAUGUGCUUCCUCUCCUGAUCAUUCUCAUCUGCUACUCUCAAAUCUGUUGCAAACUCUUUAAAACUGCCAAACAAAACCCACUAACUGAGAAAUCUGGUGUAAACAAAAAGGCUCUCAACACAAUUAUUUUUAUAAUUGUUGUGUUUGUUCUCUGUUUCACACCUUACCAUGUUGCAAUUAUUCAACACAUGAUUAAGAAGCUUCAUUUUCCUGGUCUCCUGGAAUGCAGCCAAAGACAAUCGUUCCAGAUCUCCCUGCACUUUACAGUAUGUCUGAUGAACUUCAAUUGCUGCAUGGACCCUUUUAUAUAUUUCUUUGCAUGUAAAGGGUAUAAGAGAAAGGUUAUGAAGAUGUUGAAGCGUCAGGUCAGUGUAUCAAUUUCCAGUGCCGUGAGGUCAGCCCCUGAAGAAAACUCGCGUGAAAUGACAGAAACUCAAACAAUGAUACAUUCCAAGUCUUUAAACGGAAAGUAAAAAGGAAUUAAAUCUUGGGUUUACAGCAAAGUAGAUUGUAUGACAAACUUUGCCGGACUUUUCUCAUACAGCAAAAUGAUUGUUCAACUUCCAAUAAGGAUUCAUGUAAAUUCCUUUCGUUGGGCAUUAGCUCCCACCUCCAACUUGGAAGAAAACUGAUAUGUAUUAUUU